AUGUCCCUGUUUGUAAUAAAAUUCAUUACAAAUAGACUUAUUAAAGAUAAUCAAUGGAAUAAAUUUGCGGUGGAGGACCCUUACUAUGAGUAUUUCCCCAUUGCCCGAGACUCUAAGGGGAAUACCACCAAGACUAAACGGGUCAAGAGAAGAGUCCCCGAUGGAAUUUCUCCAAAUGACUAUAAGAUAUUAAAUAAGGUUCGGAAAAAAGCUUAUAGAUAUGAUAUGUCUUUAAAUCUUUUAGGUAUCAAGGUUGGUUGGACUAAUAUUGUGGGGCUAAUUCCAGCUUUUGGGAGCAUUAUUGCAAUUUACUGGUCGUUAUCCAUUUUUUCAUUAGCCAGAAAAAUUGACGAUGGAUUACCACUUGAUUUACAAUUAUUGUUUUUAAUCAAUAUUCUCAUUGAUUUUGCCCUUUCGUUAAUCCCAAUUGUGGGUGAUAUCAUUGAAAUUGGCUACAAAGCCAAUCUGAGAAAUUUCUUAUUACUAAAUAAACAUUUAAUCAAAGUUGGGGAAAAAAACUUGGGGUUAAUUGAUGAAUCAGAAGUUAGACCCAAUUUCAUUAAUGAUAAGGUUUCGCCCUUUGUUGACGACAAGGUUAAACCGGGUGCUAUCAAGGCUGGGGAAUCAGUUCAAAAUUUUGUAAAUAAACAUUUGCAUUCUGGUUCCUCGACUCCUUCUUCAAAUUCCGCUUCUUCUUUUGCUUCUCGGUCUCCUACUUUGCAAACUUCCUCAACAACAGUAACUACGUCCUCCCAACCUUACCAUGAAAAUGUCCAUCUUCCCAAGAAACUGAAAGCUUCCUACGAUGACGAUGCUACAGUUGUUGAUAAUAAAAGCAUAAGAAGCCUUGGUUCCUUCGCCCGCAAGGAUUCUUUCUCCCAGAUGGAUUCCGAUAAGUCAUCCUUACAUCACCAC